AUGAGUAAACUAGGCUUAUCUUUCGGUUUAAAUCUCACCAAGAAGCCCGGCGCUUCGAAACCCGCUCCUCCAAAGAGGAAACCGAUGUUUGGUGGUGACGAAUCGGACGACGAUGACGCGAACGGAUCGACCAAAGGACCACAAGCAACCGAAAUAUCAGAGCUAAAUGACUUCCCUACGGAAUCGUCUAUCCAACAAUCAAGUAAAAAGCCAUCAUUAAAAUCGAAGAACGGCGCGCCUCCCCAACCUCCAAACAGCAAAAACAAGAAACCCCAGAUUUCGAUGUACGGCGACCUAUCGAGCUCUCUCGAAUCGCGCAAACACCAAGAAGCCGCAGAGGAGCUAGAUCCCUCGAUAUACGACUACGAUGCGGUCUACGACUCGUUAAAACCGGAGAAGAAAGCUACGCAGGAAGACAUUGAGAGGAAGCCCAAGUACAUGAAGAAUUUGCUAGCUUCUGCCGCUGUACGGAAACGCGACGCCCUCAUCGCUGAAGAGAAGAAGAUUGCGCGGGAACGGGAGGAAGAAGGAGAUGAAUACGCGGAUAAGGAGAAGUUCGUUACGGAGGCAUAUAAGAAACAACAGGAAGAGAAUCGGCGGAUUGAAGCGGAAGAACGUAAGCGCGAAGAGGAGGAAGCUAAGAAGAAUAAGACCGGCGGCAUGACUGCUUUCUACAAAGAUUUACUAGAGAGGGGCGAUCAACGGCAUGCUGAAGUUGUUAAAGCGGCGGAAGAACGAGCGAAAGCCGGCCCGAGGGACGACGAAGACACACAAGAGGAGAAAGUCAAGACCGAUGCGGAUGUUGCACGAGAGAUCAACCAAAAAGGCGGAACUAUUGCGAUCAACGAAGACGGUCAAGUGGUAGACAAGCGCGAGUUACUGAAGGGAGGUCUCAAUCUGGGCACAGUUAAGAAGCAAGAACCCCGAAGAGAAGCAGAUAAGGAACGAGAUCGUAGGGACGAUCGCGGGCAAUCGCGAGGCUUCGUUGGUGCAGGUGGGAAACAAGCUAUGCGUGAAAGACAAACCCGCAUGUUGGAGGCGCAAUUGGAGCAAUCUUUAAAGCGAUCCAUGGCCGAGGAAGAGGAGGAACGGGAGAAGGUCGAACGCGCAUCCAAGAGCCGCAAGACUGAAUCCGACGUAUCGAGUGCGAAGGAGAGGUAUCUAGCACGUAAGAGGGAAGCCGAAGAGGCGAAAAAGAAAGCGGCUGCGGAGAAAUCGUGA